AUGACAUUAGACGGCGACACAGUAGAAGCCUAUGACAAGGAAGCACUUGUAAAGCGAAACCCUCAUGUUGAUUUUCCAGCUGUCGAAGCUUCGAGACCAGAUUAUGAUGGCUUACGAUCCUGGAUACCAAGCAAGACACCGAAUCCCAAAUGGCAACCCGGCGAUGGAGCUUCACGUUCUGGCUGGGAACAGCACCGAAUGAUUGCCAUUGACCCAGAUUCGCACGAUCGAACAGUGAAUCAGAAUUACAAACUCAUGAUCUCGUCCACAGUUCCGCGACCAAUUGCCUUGGUCAGCACCGUGUCUGCUGAUGGCUUAUGUCGAAAUCUCGCUCCAUUUUCGUACUUCAACAACGUCUCGAACGAUCCACCACUUUACAGCUUGGCAUUUCAUGGAGCGGAAGCAAAUGAUAGUUUGCGAAAUCUACUGGAAACUGGGGAGUGUUGCAUUAGCAUCGUGAGCGACUGGUUUUUAGAAGCUGCCAACUUUACGUCUGUGAACUCCCCACCUAAGAUCUCAGAGUGGGAGCUUUCCGGCUUGCAUCCGAAAGCCAGUGACAUAGUCAAGGUUUCGUAUGUGGGUGAGGCUGCAGUGAGUAUGGAGUGCCAGCUACAUAGUACGCAAACUAUCUGGUCCAAAACGGUGGUCGAUGAUGACGGAAAGCCGAUACGGACGGCAACUCUUGUGCUGGUGGAAGCAGUGAUGUUUCACGUUCGGGAGGACGCCAUCGACGAGAAACGAGAGACUGUCGAUACAAAGGUCCUGAGGCCUGUUUGGAGAGGUGGAGGGAUCAUGUAUGGUACUUGCUUCGAUGGAUGGGAGACUCCAAGACCAGAUGCGUUUCGUGUGCUGAGAGGGACACAGAGAGUUCUAGAGAUUCUUGCGACGUCUUCACAUGUAUCCAAUGGUGUAAAGGACACAAAUGAUUAUCAGGAAAUCGAGUAG